UCCUCUUGAAUUAAUUGGAUUCUGAUCUCCAUCUCAGAAAGUCUGACGAAUAGUGCAAAAGAAAUGGACGUCAACGCCGUUUCCGUACCAUCAGCUGCAGACUUCAGGCACCGGUGGGACGUGUUCCUGAGCUUCAGAGGAGAUGACACCCGCCACAACUUCACUCACGACCUCUACAAGUCUCUCGAGGAACAGGGCGUUCGAGUCUUCUUCGACGAUGAGGGCUUGCGUGGGGGGGACGAGAUCCAGCCAGGUCUGUUCGAGGCCAUCGAGGACUCGGCCGCUUCCAUCGCCAUCAUAUCCCGGAACUACGCGUCUUCGCAUUGGUGCCUGGAGGAACUUUCCAAAAUAUGCGAGUACGGGAGGCUCCUUCUCCCCGUCUUCUACCGAGUCAACCCGUCGGACGUUCGGCGACAGAGCGGACCUUUCGAAGAACACUUUAGAAACCAUGAAAAUACGCAUAAGUAUAAGGACAAGGUUAUGUGCUGGAGGGAAGCUAUGGGAAAGGCUGGUGGAAUUGCUGGUUGGCCUUUCGAUAAGAGGUUAAGAUUAUACUUCACUUGGGGAUCGAAGAGGAAGAUAAGGGUUUUCCUUCAACCCUUAAAAGUCUUUUCUUCAAGAGGGCUUUUCCCUUCGGUCUUCAAUCUUAGUGAAAGUGAUGCUGAUGCGAAAGAGCGGUUGAUUGAAUCUUUAGUCAAAAGGGUGUUGACUGAACUUGCCAAUACUCCAGUGGGUCUGGCUACAUAUACAGUUGGACUUGGCUCUCGUCUUGAAAAACUUAUGAGUGUGUUGGAUGUUAAAUCCAAUGGCCUUCGAGUUCUUGGAUUAUAUGGGAUGGGUGGGGUUGGUAAGACAACCCUUGCUAAGGCUCUUUGUAAUAAAAUUGUUGGUCGUUUUGACUGCCUUAGUUUCAUUUCAAAAGUAAGAGAGAAUUCUGCAAAAGAUGCAGAUUUAGUGUCCCUUCAGAACAAACUUAUCCAUGACCUUUCCUUGGGUAAGUCUCCUGUGUAUUCUGUCGCUGCAAUCAAAGAGGUACUUCAGGAGAAGCGAGUUCUUGUUGUUUUGGAUGAUGUUGACAAUGUAAGUCAGCUUGAAGCACUCAUUGGAAGAAGAGAAUGGUUUUCUGAAGGAAGUAGAAUCAUAAUUACCACAAGAGACACAGAAGUUCUACCCGAGCAUCUUGUCACUGCAUUUUAUGAGGUCAGAGAGUUGGAUUCCUCUGAUGCACUAAAACUUUUUAGCUACCAUGCAAUGAGAAGAGAGAAACCCAUUGAUAGAUUUUUUAGUCUGUCCGAGGAAAUGGUGUCACUUACCGGAGGUCUGCCAUUGGCUCUGGAAGUAUUUGGUUCUUAUUUGGUGGAUAAGAGGAGAGAAGAGGAAUGGGAAGAUGCUCUGCAAAAGUUGAAACGGAUUCGUCCACGUCAUCUGCAGGAUGUGUUGAAGAUCAGUUUUGAUGGGUUAGAUGCAGAAGAGAAGCGUAUAUUCCUUGACAUUUCAUGUUUACUCAUAAAGAUGGAAAUGAAGAGAGAGGAUGCAAUUGAUGUAUUGAAAGGUUGCGGUUUUAGGGCUGAGAUAGCAGUCAGAGUCCUCAUAACAAGGUCGCUCAUCAAGAUUACAGAGGACAACACUUUGUGGAUGCAUGAUCAAGUUAGAGAAAUGGGAAGACAGAUUGUUCUAGAUGAUGCUAACCCUCUAUAUCCCAAUAUUCCAAGUAGACUGUGGGAUCGUGAUGAAAUCAUGACCGUCUUGAAGGGUGGGAAGGUAACGGGAUAUAUAGAAGGGAUCGUGCUAGACUUUAAAAUGCGGCCCUUUGUAAAGGAUCCAAGCGGUGACAGAAUUUCUUGGGAAAAUUUUAAAAGGUCGCCCAAUUUUACCUCUGCGUUGACAUACUUGGAAGAAAGGCAUAAGAAGUGUCUUGAAACUAAAGCAGAGAGAGAGAGGGAGGUAAUACUAUACACGAAGUCUUUUGAAUCUAUGUCUAAUCUAAGACUUCUGCAAAUCAAUUAUACAAGAUUGGUAGGAAGGUAUAAGUAUAUUCCUGCACAACUGAAGUGGCUACAAUGGAAAGGAUGUCCUCUUAAAAGUCUUCCUUCAGAUUUUUGUCCUCGGGAACUUGCUGUCCUUGACCUCUCAGAAAGUAAAAUUGAACAAGUGUGGCGCAGGUACACUAAACAGGUGGCUGAGAAAUUGAUGGUUAUGAAUCUCCGUGGCUGCCAUAAUCUUGUUGCUACUCCAGAUUUCUCUGGACAUAAAAAAUUGGAAAAGCUUGAUCUUGAGCAUUGUCACAGCCUAAUUAAGAUUCAUGAUUCUAUUGGAAACGUGAAUACAUUACUUCAUUUGAACCUGAGCAGUUGUGGGAACCUGGUUGUAUUUCCUGAUGUAGUCUCUGGCCUAAAAAAUCUAGAGAACCUUAUCCUCUCCGACUGCUCAAAAUUGAAAAAGUUACCAAUGGACAUAGGUGACAUGAGAUCUCUGAAAGAACUUCAUGUUGAUAACACUGCUAUACAAGAGCUACCUGAAUCAAUUUUCCACCUUACAAAGCUCGAAAAGCUUAAACUAAACGGUUGCCGGUCCUUAACGAAACUUCCUAACUGCAUUGGAAAGCUGUCUUCCCUGAAGGAACUCUCUCUUAAUAAUACUGCUGUAGAAGAAAUACCUGAUUCUGUUGGAUCUUUGCUAAACCUUGAGAUACUAAGUCUAAUUUGGUGUGAAUCACUCACUUCAAUUCCAGAUUCUGUUGGCAAUCUUAUAUCAUUGGCAAAAUUUCUAAUACAUGGUAGUGCAAUCAAAGAAUUGCCUGCUUCUAUUGGUUCCUUGCAAUAUUUGAAGGACUUGUCAGCUGGGAACUGUCUGUCUUUGAGCAAGUUGCCUGAUUCAAUUGAAGGAUUGGCUUCUGUUGUUGAGCUUCAGUUAGACCGGACACCAAUUACAAAUCUGCCGGAUCAGGUUGGUGCCCUGAAAAUGCUGAGGAAGCUUGAGAUGAGGAAUUGUAAAGAUCUUAAAUCUUUACCAGAAUCAAUUGGAAGCAUGUUCGCUCUUACUUCUCUGAAUAUGUCUAAUUCCAAUAUUUCUGAAUUGCCGGAAUCAAUUGGGAUGCUGGAAAAUCUUGUAAUAUUCAGGUUGAAUAAAUGUACACAGCUCCGUAAACUUCCUGAUUCAAUAGGAAAUUUGAAGUCUUUGCACCACUUGCUGAUGGAAGAAACUGCAGUCACGGAGUUGCCUGAAAGCUUUGGGAUGCUUUCAAGCUUAAUGAUAUUAAAAAUGGCUAAGAAGCCUCAUUUCCUAUCAGCUGGAAACAGGAUACCUGAAGAGGAUUUGGUUGCAGCUGAACAAGAGAAACAUAAUACUUUCAGACUUCCAUCUUCUUUCUCAAAUUUAUGCAACCUUGAAGAACUGGAUGCUCGUGCUUGGAAUCUAUGUGGCAAGAUUCCCGAUGAUUUUGAUAGGCUGUCGUCGUUGGAGAUUUUGAAUCUAAGUCAUAACAACUUUUUCAGCCUUCCGUCCAGCUUGAGGUGUUUUCCGUUUCUGAAAAAGCUUUUAUUAACCUACUGCGAGCAGCUGAAAUCUCUUCCUCCACUUCCCUCAAGUUUGGUGGAGGUGAAUGUUGCAAACUGUACUGCAUUGGAAAGGGUGUCUGAUAUCUCAAAGUUGGAAAGCUUGCGCGAGCUGAACCUCACAAACUGUGAGAAGGUGGAGGAUAUUCCGGGCCUCGAAUGCUUGAAGUCGUUGACAAGGUUGUUUAUGAGUGGUUGCAAAGCAUGCUCAUCUGUGGUAAAAAGAAGGCUUUCUAAGGUUUCUUUGAGGAAUUUAGUGGCUCUUAGUAUGCCUGGAAACAAGAUUCCAGCUUGGUUUUCUCAAGAGGUUAGAUUCUCAGAACGCAAAAAUCAUGAUAUCAAAGGUGUGAUAAUAGGCGUUAUCGUCUCCGUCAACCCUCAAAUACCUGAUGACUUAAGAGAUCAACUUCCUGCACUACCUUGUAUACGAGCAAAUAUUGUCAAACUGAAUAAACUUUUGUUCAGUACAAUGCCGGAGUUGAAGGGGGUUCCAAAGACGAAUGAAGAUCACAUUUACUUGUUUCGAUAUCCAGAUUGUCAUCCGUUAGUUUCAAAGUUGAGAGAUGGCUAUGACAUAAACGUGAGAGGGCAAGACCCACCGUACAUCAAGGGAAUUGAGGUGAAAAAGUGUGGGCUUUAUUUGAUUUUUGAAGGUGAUGAUGAUUACGAGGGAGACGAAGAAUCGUUGGACAAGAGCCAGUUAUCCAUUUCUGAAAAACUAGCAAAGUUUUUCAGCUCUCCUGUCGAUGAAGAUCACACCUCUGAAUCUGGUAUUGAAGUGGAGAGCCAGAUCAUCAUGCAAGACAGAGAGGAAGAAGUGUGGGGAGGUUUUUUGAGGCUUGUUCGUAGUUGCUUUUGUUGUUAAAAACGAAGGUACCUGCAAUGCAACUGCACUUAAGAGGAUACCAACAUACUUUGUAUGCCCUCGUAUCUUAGUUCAUUUUUGUUGCCUGUGUCGUUGUCGUUACUAUCAUUAUUUUCGCGUGUCCUGCAUUGCAACACACUAUGUACGCAUAUAUACAUAUAUCUAUGUAGAUUGGUGCUACUCUGCUACCUUUUAUGCGCC